CCUAACGCCGCCCAGUCACCAAUUUGCGCCAGCUUUUACCCAAAACAUUCGCCAUCGCCACUUUUCACCGAUUUGCAUCUGAAGCGCCUUUCCUGUAGCGCCUUGUACUUGCGGCACGAUGGAUUUGGUGUCGAGCAUCCGCAAGUCCGGAUCUCGAGGCGGUGUCAAUUUCAGCUGGGAUGACGUCGCCACCUCCCAGCAUCGGGAGAAUUACCUGGGACACAGUCUGAAGGCCCCCGUCGGACGAUGGCAACAAGGCCGCGACCUUUCUUGGUAUGCCAAAGGCGAGACUACAGAAGGCGACGGUUCUGAGACGCCAGAAGAGAAGGCGGCACGCGAACGGAAAGAGGAGAUCAAGCGGAUCAAAGAAGCCGAGGAGGAUGCUCUAGCCAAGGCGUUGGGACUCCCUGUAGCACCGCGGAACGCAACGGGCGCCAAUGCCAUAAGUGUACCAGGCAGUCGCGACACAUCUGGAGCUGCGGAUGCAACAUCCAAAACGCAAUCGGCGGAGAACGAUCGGGCCGACCGACCAUCCCGCAGACACCACGAGGACAGCGAAAGGCGGCACCGCAGGAGACAUAGGGAUAGGAGUCGCAGUAGGGACAGAGAUCGCGACCGAGACCGGGAACGGUCUCCAAGGAGGCGCGACCACCGCGAUGGGCGUGGCUCUCAUAGACACAGAGACGACGGAAGGGAUCACCGAAGAAGACGAAGCCGAAGUCGAGAAGACCGCAACCACCGGCACGGAGAGGAAAGGCGACGCGGCCCUAGGGACCAUGACCGGGAGCGGGAGCGGCCAGAGCGCAGAACAGGCGAUAGAACAGGCGGUCGCGAUUAAGACGGAAAAGCUGGAGUUCCUUUCAGGCUAGCAGUCCCUGGACUGGACACAGUCAUCAUGAUCGUCGCGAGAAAUAACACAACGUCGAGCUGCAGUCUCGGCCAUAUAAUGAUACUGUAAUAGAUGGGUUCUCCCUAGAAGUACCUAAACGCACGUGUGCUCGUACUUUGGCAUAGCUUAUAAGGCAUGAAGACUCAAUAGCAGCAUGUGCUAUUGCUUGGAUGCGCGAAUGCAGUCCCAACGGCAACAUCUAUAGCCCAGAUCGAGGAAUCGUGCCAGCAGGGGGCUUGUAAUCACUACCUUGAGGUCAACAGCAACACAUGUCAAAUGUUUCACCGAGCGAGGCACAUUGUCCUCACUUGCCACAGGGAGUGGCU